UUGCACAGGCAGCACCCGGCUGUUGGACCUCAAACUGCUUCCCACAGAGCCAACAGAGGGAGUUCAGGGAGGAGUUGUGCCGGCUGCUUUGGAUUCUUUCAGCAGAGACAUGAGACUGGAGAUGAGCCGGCGCUGAGACAAACAGACAUGGACAAACAGAAAGUUCUAGCUAAGCUGAUCUGGGACCUGCAGUCCUUCCUGACGGUUCUGGACUCAGAGAACCUGAGCUACAUCGCUCAGGCUCAGAAGAAAUCGAUCUCAGAGCUUCUUUCCAAACUUCAGACUCCAGACGCUCCAGUGGAGGACGCGGAGUACAUGGUGAUGAGCUGUCCAUCGUCGUCUCCAAGCAACGAGCAUGUGGACGCCCCAGGGACAGAAGGAGUUUGGUCUUCAGAGCUGGUCUCACAGCAGGACCCGUCCGCCUGGCUCAGGAACAGGAUGCAGGGCCCCACCGUUCCUCCUCACCCCCCCGGUGGGCUUGGGGGUGAUGAUGAUGAGGAUACCUACGAGGAGGCAGAACCUUACGUACCGGCAGAAAGCACUGUGUCCAACACAGAGAGGGCGGAGUCAGAGAGCAGCCACUAUGAGUCAUAUGGUGAGGAAGAUGAUGAUGAUGAAGGAGAUAGUCUGGUGAAGGACAGAGCACACUACAUCCAGUGGAGCACCUCACAGAUCUGUCUGCGGCCCGCUCCAGAGUCCCGCCUCUGUGGAUACCUGUGGAGGAGGAGGUGGCUCGGACAGUGGAGCAAACAGCUCUUCAUCAUCAAGAAUGACAUGCUGCUGUGUUAUAAAUUUGCUCGGGACCUGCUGCCCCAGCUGGAGUUGAACCUUCAUGGCUGUCAGUCCUUUUAUAAGUCCAAGAGCCACGCCAAGAUCCAGCACCAGCUCAAACUGGUCCCAGUGGGCGCAGAGUCUCUGGUUCUGGGCUACAGCAGCUUCCAGCAGGCUGACGAGUGGAGAAGGGUGAUAGAAGAGGUGAGCACCGAAGGUGAGGUGGAGACGCAGAGCUUCUCCUCUCUCAGUAAAUCGGAUCACCGGCUGUCUUGCAGGGUCAUUGGGUGGGGUGGCGCCCUAGCGCCCUCUAUUGACCGGCUGCCAAUGAUUCCUACACUGUUCUAA